CGCGCAAGCACAGCUUGAAUCACAUGGUGGAUCCUGGCUUGAGGCUGGAUUCAGAGCUCGCCGGUGCCGAGUGGGCUACCUCGCUGGGUGUCAGAAUUUAGAUCCGACCUGCAGGAUGUUGGUCUCCAAGAACACGCCCUGGCGGCGGCUGCGGGGCAUUUCCUUCGGGAUGUAUUCGGCCGAAGAGCUCAAGAAAUUAAGUGUUAAAUCCAUCACAAACCCUCGGUACCUGGAUAGCCUGGGGAACCCAUCGGUGAACGGCCUGUACGAUUUAGCUCUGGGCCCUCCGGAUUCCAAAGAGGUGUGCUCCACCUGCGCGCAGGAUUUCAACAACUGCUCUGGGCACCUGGGCCACAUUGAACUCCCGCUUAUGGUGUACAACCCUCUCCUCUUCGAUAAACUAUACCUGCUGCUCCGGGGCUCUUGUUUAAACUGCCACCUGCUGACGUGUCCUCGGGCUGUGAUUCACCUCUUAGUCUGCCAGCUGAGGGUUCUGGAAGUCGGGGCCCUACAAGCAGUCUACGAGCUGGAGCGAAUUCUGUACAGGUUUCUGAGAGAAAAUCCUGAUUCUUCUGCCUCUGAAAUUCAGGAGGAGCUGGAGCAAUACACAGCUAAGACUGUACACAACAACCUCCUGGGUUCCCAGGGUGCUCAUGUGAAAAAUGUGUGUGAGAGCAAAAGCAAGCUCGUUGCUUACUUCUGGAAGGCACAUAUGACGGCCAAGCGCUGUCCCCACUGCAGGACUGGGCGCUCAGUUGUCCGCAAAGAGCACAACAGCAAGUUGACGAUCACGUUUCCAGCCCUGGUGCACAGGAAAGCUGUCCAGAAGGAUCCAGAACUGCAGGAAAUUGAAGAAGCUCAGAUGGGAAAACGAGGGUACCUGACACCCACCAGUGCCCGUGAACAUCUUUUUGCCAUUUGGAAGAAUGAAGGAUUCUUUCUGAAUUACCUUUUUUCGGGACUGGAUGAUGUUGGCAUGGAAUCCAAAUUCAAUCCCAGUAUGUUCUUCCUUGAUUUCCUGGUGGUGCCACCCUCAAGAUAUCGCCCUGUCAGCCGCCUGGGAGACCAGAUGUUUACCAACGGCCAGACAGUGAACUUGCAGGCCGUCAUGAAGGACAUAGUUCUGAUCCGAAAGCUUCUGGCAUUGAUGGCCCAAGAACAGAAGCUGCCAUCGGAGAUGGCAAUGCCUGCCACCGACAAGGAAAAAGACUCUUCAAUUGCUAUUGACCGGUCCUUUUUAAGUACACUUCCAGGCCAGUCCUUCACAGACAAACUUUACAACAUUUGGAUUCGCCUUCAGAGCCACGUCAAUAUCGUGUUUGAUAGCGAGAUGGACAAACUGAUGAUGGACAAGUACCCAGGCAUUAGGCAGAUCCUGGAGAAGAAGGAAGGCUUGUUCCGGAAGCACAUGAUGGGAAAACGAGUGGACUACGCAGCCCGCUCUGUCAUCUGCCCCGACAUGUACAUCAGCACCAAUGAAAUUGGGGUCCCCAUGGUAUUUGCCACUAAACUGACCUACCCGCAGCCAGUUACACCCUGGAACGUUCAGGAACUGAGACAAGCCGUCAUCAACGGCCCCAACGUGCACCCAGGAGCCUCCAUGGUCAUCAAUGAGGAUGGCAGCCGCACAGCUCUGAGUGCCAUGGACGUAACCCAGCGAGAAGCCGUGGCCAAGCAGCUCCUGACACCAGCCAUGGGUGCACCUAAGCCCCAGGGGACAAAAAUUGUAUGCCGGCAUGUAAAGAACGGAGACAUUCUCCUUCUGAACCGACAGCCCACCCUGCAUAGACCCUCCAUCCAGGCCCACCAUGCCCGCAUCCUGCCCGAAGAGAAAGUCCUACGUCUCCACUAUGCCAACUGCAAGGCCUAUAACGCCGACUUUGAUGGAGAUGAGAUGAACGCCCACUUCCCACAAAGCGAGCUGGGCCGGGCUGAGGCCUAUGUCCUGGCCUGCACCGACCAGCAGUAUCUUGUUCCCAAGGAUGGCCAGCCAUUGGCGGGUCUGAUCCAGGAUCACAUGGUUUCAGGUGUAAGCAUGACUACUCGGGGUUGCUUCUUCACCCGGGAACAGUACAUGGAGCUGGUGUACCGCGGACUCACAGACAAAACAGGGCGCGUGAAGCUCCUUCCUCCUGCCAUCCUGAAGCCCUUUCCACUGUGGACGGGAAAGCAGGUUGUGUCAACGCUGCUCAUAAACCUAAUCCCAGAGGACCACGUCCCACUGAACUUAUCUGGAAAGGCGAAAAUCAGCGGGAAGGCCUGGGUGAAGGAGACCCCUCGACCCAUCCCCGGCUUUAACCCUGACACUAUGUGCGAGUCCCAGGUGAUCAUCAGGGAAGGGGAACUGCUCUGCGGGGUGUUGGACAAGGCGCACUAUGGGAGCUCUGCCUAUGGCCUGGUCCACUGCUGCUAUGAGAUCUAUGGUGGCGAGACCAGCAGCAAGGUCCUCACCUGUCUGGCCCGCCUCUUCACCGCCUACCUGCAGCUGUACCGAGGCUUCACCUUGGGCGUGGAAGACAUCUUGGUGAAGGCAAAAGCGGAUGCUAAGAGACAGGCAAUCAUUGAAGAGUCCACCCACUGUGGGCCCCAGGCUGUCAGGGCCGGGUUAAACCUGCCAGAAACGGCAUCACAUGACGAGGUCCAAGGAAAAUGGCAAGAUGCCCAUCUGGGCAAGGACCAGAGGGACUUUAACAUGAUUGAUCUGAAGUUCAAAGAGGAAGUGAACCAUUACAGCAAUGAGAUUAACAAGGUUUGUAUGCCAUUUGGUCUGCACAGACAAUUCCCAGAGAACAACCUGCACAUGAUGGUGCAGUCAGGAGCAAAAGGGUCAACUGUGAACACGAUGCAGAUCUCGUGCCUACUGGGCCAGAUUGAAUUGGAAGGUCGGAGACCCCCGUUGAUGGCAUCUGGCAAGUCGCUGCCCUGCUUUGAGCCUUAUGAAUUCACCCCCAAGGCUGGUGGCUUUGUCACUGGCCGGUUCCUCACUGGCAUCAAGCCUCCUGAGUUCUUCUUCCACUGCAUGGCGGGACGAGAGGGCCUGGUCGACACUGCCGUGAAAACCAGCCGCUCCGGCUACCUCCAAAGAUGCAUCAUCAAGCACCUGGAGGGGCUGGUCGUCCAGUAUGACCUGACAGUCCGUGACAGUGAUGGCAGCGUGGUGCAGUUCCUGUAUGGGGAGGAUGGCCUGGACAUUCCCAAGACACAGUUCCUGCAGCCUAAGCAGUUCCCCUUCCUGGCCAGCAACUAUGAGGUGAUAAUGAAAUCAAAGCAUCUCCAUGAAGUUUUAUCCAGGGCAGAGCCCCAGAAAGCUCUCCGGCACUUCAGAGCCAUCAAAAAAUGGCAAAACAAGCAUUCCAAUGCCCUGCUGAGAAGAGGCGCUUUCCUGAGUUACUCCCAGAAAAUUCAGGCAGCCGUGAAAGCCCUGAGCCUCGAGGAUGAGAACCGGAAUGGCCGUAGCUCUGGGACUCAACAGAUGUUGAGGAUGUGGGACGAGUUAGACGAGCAGAGCCGAAGGAAAUACCAGAAGAAGGCGGCCCCUUGUCCUGACCCCACUUUGUCUGUGUGGCGCCCAGACAUCUACUUUGCAUCCGUUUCAGAAAUGUUUGAAAGAAGGGUUGAUGACUACUGUCAAGAUUGGGCAGCUCAAGCAGAGAAGGGUUAUAAGAAAUCAGAGCUUUCUCUCGACAGGUUGAGGACCUUGCUGCAGCUGAAGUGGCAGCGCUCACUGUGUGAGCCGGGCGAGGCUGUGGGCCUGCUGGCCGCCCAGAGCAUCGGAGAGCCCUCAACACAGAUGACCCUGAACACCUUCCACUUUGCAGGCAGAGGCGAGAUGAACGUCACCCUGGGCAUUCCAAGGUUGAGGGAGAUUCUCAUGGCAGCCAGUGCCAACAUCAAGACGCCCAUGAUGAGUGUGCCUGUGCUCAACACCAAGAAAGCCCUGAAGAGAGUAAAAAUCCUGAAGAAGCAGCUCACCAGGGUGUGCUUAGGGGAGGUGUUAGAGAAAAUUGACGUCCAGGAGUCCUUCUAUAUGGGAGAAAAGCAGAACAAGUUCCAGGUAUAUGAGCUGCGGUUUCAGUUCCUGCCACAUGCGUACUACCGGCAAGAGAAGUGCCUGAGACCUGAGGACAUCCUGCGCUUCAUGGAAACAAGAUUCUUUAAGCUUCUGAUGGAAUCCAUCAGGAAGAAGAAUAAUAAAGCGUCUGUCUUCAGAACUGUGAACACUCGAAAAGCCACACAGCGGGACAUAGAUGAUGCUGGGGAGUCAGGGAGGAAUCGGGGAGAGCAGGAAGGAGAGGACGAGGAGGAGGAGGGCCACAUUGUGGACGCUGAAGCCGAGGAGGGGGAUGCCGAUGCCUCUGAUGCCAAACGCAAGGAGAAGCAGGAAGAGGAGGUGGAUUAUGAGAGCGAGGAAGAGGAGGAGGAGGAGGGCGAGGAGGAGGACGUGCAGGAGGAGGGGGCCUGCCGUGGCGAAGAUGCCCACGAGGCCCAAGAGCAAGACGAAGAAGUGGGUUCAGGCACCGAGGAAGACCCCACCUCGCCUGCCCUCCUGACCCGACCCCGGAAACUGAGCCAGGAACCCCAGGGGGCCGAGGCUGUGGAGCGCCGGGUCCGCGCUGUGUGCAACAUCCAUCGUUUCAUAGAGGCAUACCAGUACGACACCGAGGAGAACCUGUGGUGCCAGGUAACGGUGAAGCUCCCUCUGAUGAAGAUUAACUUUGACAUGAGCUCCCUGGCUGUGUCUUUGGCCCACAGUGCCGUGGUCUAUGAGACCAAGGGCAUCACCCGCUGCCUCCUGAAUGAAACAGCCAGUGACGGGAACACGAAGGAGCUUGUGUUGAACACAGAAGGCAUCAAUCUCCCAGAGCUGUUCAAGCACGCCGAGGUCCUGGAUCUGCGCCGUCUUUAUUCCAACGACAUCCACGCCAUGGCCAGCACCUAUGGCAUUGAGGCCGCACUGCGCGUGAUUGAGAAGGAGAUCAAGGAUGUGUUUGCCGUGUAUGGCAUCGCAGUGGACCCUCGCCACCUCUCCCUGGUCGCUGAUUACAUGUGCUUCGAGGGCAUCUACAAGCCAUUGAAUCGCAUCGGGAUCCGGUCAAACUCCUCCCCUCUGCAGCAGAUGACAUUCGAAACCAGCUUCCAGUUUCUGAAGCAGGCCACCAUGCUAGGAUCCCACGAUGACCUGAGGUCCCCUUCAGCCUGCCUCGUGGUUGGGAAGGUCGUCAAGGGCGGGACGGGCCUGUUCGAGCUCAAGCAGCCCCUGAGAUAGCGGCCACUGCAUCACCGGCUGGAGGACCUGGUGAGGGCAUGUCUGGCC